CGGAAAAUUUGGGUGUGGUCGCUUCUGAGCCUGUUUAACCUUCUUGUCCUCCCCAGUCGACAUUCCGACCAGGGUACCUGUUGAUCCUAGGAAUCACUUCCCUGUCCUCUGAGCCGCCUGAUCUAUUAUAAAGUAAGUCCCGGCAGAUUGAGAGCCUCAGCAAUGCCUCUGUCCAUCGUCCCGAGUUCCCUCAAGCCUCACCCCGUCGACACAUGGCGGCGCCUUACGGGAUCAGCCCGACGGACCGCAGCGGGGUGAUCGUCAUCGCCGCAACGCUGUUCAUGUCUUGGAUGGUGCUGGUGUCCUUGUUCCGGGUCUAUAUGCGGGUUGCCAUGAACGGACCAGCUGGAUGGGAUGAUGUCGUAGUCUGGAUCGGUGGAGCGAUAGGAAUUGGGAAUGUGGGUGCUAUUAUGAAGAGUGUAUCGCAGGGUCUGGGACGAAUCAAUCCGACCGACGCAGAGGGUGCCAUGAAGGCUUUGUAUACAGCCGAUCUCCUGUUCCUCGCUAGCCAUGGCGCCUCCAAAGUAUCUGUCUGCCUCCUUCUUCGGCGCCUGGGCCGAGAAGGCGCCUAUAUACGACUCUGCACUGUGGGCCUCGCGGUACUCGUCCUCUGGUUCCUCGCUUCCCUUCUUGCAGUAGGACUUCAAUGUGAACCUUCUCAGCCAUGGAAUCUCACGCAAUGCCACUCUUUCGUUACGGGAUGGCGUGCCAUGACAGCGCUCGAUGUGAUCACAGAGGCCCUUCUGGUGGGCCUGAGUAUUCGUUUGGUGUGGGGAGUGCAGAUGCGUCGAACUCAAAAGGCCGGGGUGAUAGGUGCCUUUGGCACUCGAAUUUUGAUUGUCGCCCUUAUCAUUGUGCGCCAAUGUUACCUCAACCGGGUUGGGUUGAACAAUAUGCUGCUGGGCAUAUCGAAUGUGGUGGUCGCCACCGAAGUGCUCCUGCACAGCAGUCUCAUGGCGGCGACGGUGCCCUGCCUAAAGCCGUUUGUGAUCGCCUUCAACACGGGCUGGGGUCAGGGUGGCCAGAAAGAUGGCUCCUAUCUGCGGUCGGAAACCAGCGAGGGCCCUCAAUUCAAGGCCCGAUCGCGUCCAUAUCCGGCAGAUGAUGAGAUUACCAUGAUCCCGACCGGGGGAGCGAGGGAGUGCGAGGAGAAUCUGGAGGCAAGCGGGGGGUUGGUGAUCCACCAGACGCGAGAGUGGAGUCUACGAACCGAGUAUAUUGAGAUGCAGCCGCUCAAGGGCCCAGAACCAUUGUAAGAGAGUGAUGGUGGUAAUAGAACUACUCGGGUUAGCUAGAUACAUGAAGAAUCCCAC